AUGCUUAAGAUAAUAUAAUCAUUAGAUAGGAACGGUGCUCCUGUCAGCUUUAACUAUAAAGGAAAAUAUCAGCAUUAGACUACUCUUGGUGGAAUACUAACAAUAAUAUAGAUUAGCAGUCUGCUUGCAUUCUUCUUCAUAUUGCUCAAGAAAGUUAUUGAUAGAGAUAUGAUAAUUAGAAAUAAAAGCAAGUAUAUGAGUGCACUAAACCAAGAAUAAAAGUAUCAUAUAGAUCUUGAUAAUUUCGAUAUUGCUUUUGGAAUAAAAUUUGUCUAAAAUUCAGACCGAUACCAUUAUUAAAAUGAGAGUAUAAAUAAAUAUCUGAACAUCAGUUUCUAAUACUACAAUGUAAGUUAUACUAAAAGCGAUGACGACGGUCAACUUUUGACUAAUAGAUCAGCCAUAACCAUUCCCUACGAGAAAUGCCAAAAUAAUAGAUUUUUGGGGAAAACUGAAGAAAUGGAAAAAAUGGGAUUAAAUAAAGAUGGUUGGUACUGCAUCUCCUAGCUUGACACUAAUGUAAUUGGCUAGGAAAUGAGUCUAAUAAGAAAAAUAGUAAGGGUGACCGUGAGUCCAUGCUAAAAUAGCACAAUUAAUGAUAAUUCAUAAACAAUGGGGGAAAAUGCUUAAGAAAGCAAUAUUACUAAAUUUUGGAACAUAAGCAGUAGCAAUUAUCAAAUAUGUGCUUCAGCAUAAGAGAUAACUGAUUAUAUACACAAAGUCCAAUUUAUGAUUGCAUAUAUAAACAAGUACUUUGAUUAAGAUGAUUUUGAGGAGCCUGUAAAAAGUGAAAUUGUAGUUUAAUUCUAUAAUGCAGAAGCGGGCUUUGCUUUCAACUCUAUCUUAAAUAUUCAGAAGAAUUAUCUAAUAACUCAUGAUCACUGGCUUUCUGAUAUUUUUAGUUCUAAUCUCUAUGAAUACUUAUCAGUUCAGUAAACCAAGACUGUGUUUGGUUCAAUUAAACCAGGCGUAUGGGAAAUGUUUAAUGUACUUAUAUAUUGCAAAGAUCAAGAAUUCUAUAUUGAGAGGCAAGUUACGACUGUUAUUUAAAUUAUGACUCUCGUUGGAGGCUUCAUGAAUGUUAUUUUUUUGAUAAUAAAAUUAACUUCAAAAAUAUACAGCAAACAAGUAUUUUAUUGGGACUUAAUAAACAAAAUAUUUCAUUUCGAAAAUCCAGAAAAAUGUUUAAGGCCUAUUGGGUCUUACAGAUUUAUAUAAUCUCCUGAUAAAGAUUAAUGCGAUAAAAGAGAUUUGAAAGAUAAGGUAUUCUCGAGAAUACAGAAAAAAUAAUACAACGGUGUUUGA